AUGACAAUGCACGCUGUCAAUUCCGCCGGCCGGGUCGUAUCCCUCCUCAACGACGAGAGCGCUGCUCCUCAACAACCGCGACCCGUCAGCUUUCACUCCAGCUAUGUCCUCGCUCAGUCGUACCCCACCCCUGGCAGCAACGCUUCCUCACCCAACACGCCUGAGCUGCUGCGCUCCGACUCCUAUGACUCUCAGAUGAGCAAUGAUCCAGUGUCGCCUCUGACCCCCAGCGUCGACUACUACUCGCGACAUCAAUCCGUGUAUACUAUUCCUCAUGACUACAGCCUCGACCCCAAGCAGGCUGCCUACGCCGACAGCAGCCGCUCGGCCUCCUACGACGCUGAGAUGGUUAGCCAGCCUCGGUCGUCGCCCAUGCCCGAGCGACCCGGAAAGCGGUACCCCUGCCGGUACCGCGACACUCACGGAUGCGAAAAGACAUUCACCACCUCUGGCCACGCCUCGCGCCAUUCCAAGAUCCACACCGCCGAGAAGGCUGUCCAAUGCACCUUUGCGGGCUGCCAGAAGAAGUUUACCCGUGCCGACAACAUGAAGCAGCAUCUCGAGACUCACUACAAGGACAAGAGCCGCUCCUCGGGCUCUCAACGCGGCCACCGGGCUUCUCUGGCCGAUGGACGGCGCAAUUCGACCUCGGGACGCCCUUCCGCGAGCCGCGCGUCUUCGUCCCGGGAUUCUAGAAGCCGUCGCGACGCCGACCCUUAUCCUCUUCCUUCGCCCGCACUGGCCUCACCGAGUGUUGGCAGUGGAUCUUGGGACGUUCGAGGCCGCAACCUCUCGCUUCUCAGCCGCCCUGUUGCUGACAGAACACCAAGCGGUCUUGAUGCUCUGGCCAUGGCGGUGGCCUGCCAAGAGGACUCUGGUGUUUGA